AAAAACGCCAUUUCCCCAAUUUCUCAGCUGUUCUCUCGUUGUUUCACGACUUCCAUUGUCGUUGGUGAUAAGCUCUUCGUCAUCCCUUUUUCUAUAAUAUAUAUAUAUAUAUAUAUAUAUAUAGUCGCUCUUUUUCCUGAUUCUGAUUAUUCAAAAGGGUUGCGAAAUUCACGAAGAAUAAAUUAAUAAUCGAAAAGAAGGAAGAGAAAAAUAGAGGAAGAGGAAGAAGAAGAAGAAAGAAAGAAAGGAAAAGAAGAUGUACGUAAGGGCGGUUCCGACGACGGAUCUGAACCGGAACACAGAGUGGUUCACAUACCCUGGGGUUUGGACUACCUACAUGUUGAUUCUGUUCUUCUCUUGGCUCAUCGUUCUCUGCCUCUUCCGAUGUUCGCCUGGCAUGGCCUGGACCAUUGUCCACAUCUCCCAUUUCCUCGUUACUUACCAAUGCUUUCACUGGAAGAAAGGAACACCGUUUGCUGAUGAUCAAGGUAUCUACAAUGGGUUAACUUGGUGGGAACAGAUAGACAAUGGCAAGCAACUCACUCGAAACAGAAAAUUUCUAACUGUUGUACCUGUUGUGUUGUAUUUGAUAGCCUCACAUACAACAGACUAUGAAAACCCAAUGCUUUUCUUCAACACACUGGCAGUGUUUGUACUAGUGGUUGCAAAGUUCCCUAACAUGCACAAGGUCCGAAUAUUUGGCAUCAAUGCUGAUCAUUGACUUAGCAACGGGAAUUCGAGUAUCGCAGCUUAACUCGAGUUUAUUUCUCUCUCUAAUCAUAUUGGAUUUUCCAAUUGAAUAGUAAAUCCAUGUAAAAGUGUUGAAAGUGAAGAAAAAGGGGGGGUUGGAGAAGAAGGUUUAUCAUAUCUCUUAAUGUAGUUGAGAUUUUUUUGUAUCCCGCUGUUACGCGUUUUGGGGGGUGGGAAAAAAUGUUUACAUGUAUUUUUCUAGUUGACGAGCUAAUCUUGGUGAAUUUCAAUGCUCGUUCAUUUUUCUCCAUUUUCACUUUGGAAGAAAAAUUUUCUUAUUUUGUGAAAAAUUCCCCUUUGAGAUUUAUAAUCCUGAAUGAGUAGUGUGGUUUUGGGAAGAAGUCGAAACCAAAGUUCUGCA